UUUCUGCGCAAACGCCACCGCCUGAUCAUAUCUUUUGUCUCCCAUUCAUAAGCGGCUACGGUAGCGGCAGGAUUCAGUGGGACAGCUCGUCUCUGUAAACUGUAAACUCUUCCGUUUAGAAAGCAGGCGACGGGCCCUUUAAGGGUUAUGUAGCGAGGUUGGCCGAUGUAGGACGACCGUGCGCGCCGCGAUCCCGCUGCCAUCCCCAUCAUGGCCUCCUCACAGCCGCCGACACCACCGAGGAUGAACCGACCAGCCGGUGGCCCUUCCCUUCCCGGAGCGGAGACGGACGUCAAGCCGAAGCAGAGGCACCGGUAGAGGCGAGCCGCGCCGGGGAGAAGCCGCCUCGCCUCACAUGCCACCCCGGUCUCCUCCAUGUCUUCGUCUAAAGCCACGUACAGCUAUCUGAUAAAGAGGGGUGCGAACCCGGGCAGCGGCGGCGGCGGCGGCAGCGGCGGCAGAAACAUGAACACGAACAGGGAUUAUUCUAUUAAUCUAUCGGUGCAGCAAGUGCUGAGCCUUUGGGUGCAAGGCACAACGCUGCAGCACUUCACAGAGAUGUGGUACUGGGUGUUCCUGUGGUGUCUCUUCUCCUCGCUCUUUGUCCACGGGGCGGUGGGGCUGCUCAUGUUAGUCAUGCUGCAGCGCCACAAGAGGGGCCGCCUCAUCACCCUGGUGCUGGUCAGUGUGGGUUUCCUGGCCUCCCUCUCUGGAGGGGUCAUCACCAGCGCGGCCGUAGCCGGGGUCUACCGCGUGGCGGCGAAGGACAUGGCCCCCCUGGAGGCACUGGUGUUCGGGGUUGGCCAGACCACCCUGUCCGUCAUCAUCUCCUUCUCACGCAUCCUGGCCACCCUGUGAAGGAAAAACACUCCACCGCACGGACAGAUGAAUCUGCAAGGACAGAGAGAGGAGAGGAGAGGAGAGGAGAGGGAACCGAGCCAAUCAGAGACUUUACAGGUGUCGAAACGCGUGUUUGCAGGAAGAGAGAGAGAGCGGACGGAGGUGCUCUGUGGACUUUUGGAGGGGCUGAAUGCCUCAGGGCGCCCCCCAGUGUCUCUGUGCUGUUACUGCCACAAUCACAAGAGCCCCUUCACUGCAGUUCAGAGGGAACUCAAUGCAGGCCUGCUGUCUUCAUGUCAAAGAGGCGACAACAAGGCAGCACCAACCAUCCUCAGCUUCUGUCAAGCAACGCCACAUUUUGGACUGAAAGCCAUGUUUUGGGUGUUUUCCAGAGUUCUAUCAGUUUUCUGUGCCAACGGCCCUCUCUGGGACAUCCGGAUGCCUUUGUGGCCACCUCCACUCACUGACUCUUGAAGGCUUUCUGUUUCUGCACUUGUGGGGAGAUAUUUUUUUUUUUUUUUUUUUUUUUGGAUGAAGCAAAAGCGAAGCAACAGUGACGGCCUGUAACUUAACUGUGGUGAUCGUUGGGUGAUCGUAAUGCACUUUAAGUGCCGCUGUGAGAACAAAAAGUCGAGCAAUGAGAAGCGUUCAUCAGCAAAAACAACUCUUUCAGUAUUAAGAUCAGCCUCGCCAACUAGGUCUCCUCCACUUUCGAUUACAGAUGAUCAUAAUCAUUCCUUUUUCUUGAGUGGUUUAACGACUGCUGCAGCGGCUGUUUCACCAACCUACUCAAAAUAGCGAGAUGCAGCUGUGAAUUUGCACUUUCUAAAUGUUGGAAAUCCCCCUGCGCCUAAGACGCCUGAGUAGUGAAAUCAAUAGAAAAUGAAGGAGGAGAUAACGAGCAUCCAUGCUACAUCGAGUUUGUCUUGUUGAAAUUACUGUAUCAUUGUGUGCCAAUAAGAACUCUGAUCAUUGAUUUAAAAGAGACAGGGGAAAGCCAAGAAGUGAGGAAAAGGUUGAAUUUUCCUUGAGCAGUUUCAUUCAGGUCUGGGCGGUAUUAGAUCAGCGUUAGGUUUCUCAUAUUCAGGUUUAUGGGACAGGGUGUUGGUAUUACCUGUGGUGAAAAUGAAUGCAGUCCCCUGCUUGUUUGUUGUCGAGAGCUCUGACAUAUUUUCAGACAAACUAUUCUGUGUCCGUGAGUGAUCGUGCAGAUUUACUGUAUGAGGUUGGAAUCCGUCCCUCCUUGGCCCGCCAUAGUGUUAAUAACUUUGUCUGCACUGCUGUAAAUUUCCCAAGGAAAGCCAUCUCUCCCUGGAGAAGGUCAGACAGAUUCUGCUGCUCAAAUAGCCGUUUUUUAUGGCUCCCUCUUCCUUUUUUUGCUCAACCCAUGUUCCUUAAGUUUAACUUUGCGUAUUGCACUGGAAUUAAUCUGCCUUGUUUUAACACAGUGUGCGAUGAUAGAUGCUCUUCUGGUGGGUGACCCCUAAUGAAUCCAGUGAACAUACCUAAUCUGCACAGGAACCUGUGAUUACAUUUUGCUUCAGAGAGGUUUUUUUUUCAGUCUCAGAGGACUGCAUUGCCAAUACCAUUUGGUAAAGCAUUCUGUGACGAAUGUGGUUGAAACUACUGUAUUAACAAGCUCCAUUGGAAGUAAUGUUGCUGAUACACUGAAGAAAAGGAAGGUACAUUGACUCCUUACCUUACUAUUUAUUCACCUUAAAUGCCCACUACUUGUUUAAUUGGCCCAUAAAUCCUCCCAGCACUAAAGCAGUUUCCCCAUCUGGGCCAUGAUAAAUUAGUAUACUGCACCAGACCCGGGGUGGGAAGUGUUAGAUUGUAAUGCCAAAGUAUCUCUCACAUUCUAGCUUUAUUUGUUGUCUUCUCCUAGUUUGAUUAUUGCCAUUGCCAAGAAUUAUUCAUCUGAAUUUUGUUCAGUUGUAGAAACAUUUGCACAACGGCAUGGGUAUCAAGUCGCCCUUAGACCUGUGGUACAAGUUCACAAGACUGUAGUUGGGAUGAACUGAUAUCAUAUUUGUGAUAAAUGUGUGAGCUUUGAGAUUUUGUAGCUCUAAAAGGUAAUUUUUUUUAAAAGGUAAGAGUUUUUUUUUUUUUUUUUUUUUUUUUUCCAGUUAUGUAAUUGACACAACUCACCUUCAGUACCAGCUUAGCACACAUGAGGGCAAUAUUGCACAGAAAUAAGAUAGUAACAGUAGCCUGAGAGGAGAGUUGAUUGUGGACUUGAAAAUGUUGAAAAUUGCUACAGAGUGUUUUGAUACCGUCAUUUGACAAAGUAUUUUCUAAUCUUUUUGUUUCUUCACUGGACUGUUGAGCCUUUCCCCAAAAUUAAAAGUAUAUAAGAGUCAUUUCUUAUAUGGAAAGUCAUCUGAAAGUCCCCUUUAUCAACUGAAUUGUCUGCACAUAGCCCACACUACUCAUUUGAAUGUUUUUGCUCAAUUUCAGGGACCAAAACCUGAGUUACUGGUGAUGACUCACCCGCUGUCAUGGCAGCGAUAUCUAUGUGAAACUGCGUCCGUGCAAAACAGUUUCUGCUUAUGUGGUUCAUAGGACAUGUGACAUUUGAGUGUCGUUUUGCUGUAUUUUGUGUAGGUCUGUGUGAUUGUGCAUGUGAGUACUACUAGUAUAACAUUACAUUAAUUUAUUUUUGUUUCUCGUUAGGGGUCGGACACAUUCCUUACCAGGCCUCUAAAGCGCUUUUGAUCAAAAAGGGUAAUUGUAAGUGACACUGUGUUCAGAGAGGCAGUCACAGCAGUUCACUGAGCAAUGUCUUACAUAAUGUGUUUGGAAACCUUUUUUUUUUUUUUUUUUUAUUUACCGUUACAAGGUAUUAAGAACGACUUUUCUGCCAACAAAGUUCCAAGCACUGUUCGACUAAUGACAGGCUGACGUCGUUAGAUCAGUGCACUUACUUACUGUACAUCCUGUACUGUAUAUAGCCAUAGUGUACAAAGUCUUCACCGUGAGGGUAACCAGACAAGAUGUAACCAACAGCUGACGUGAUCAAAUUAACCUUUCCAAUAGCAUUUUGAUAUUCACACACACACAUGCGUUCGUCUGCUACAGUACAGUGACCGUGCUUUGGAGUAUUAAUGCUUGUUGGCUAUGAGUUUGAUGAGUGAGAGAGUUGGUUUUUCUGCUUCAGGCUCUGUGAUUUGGCCUUCAUCAAAGGGGGUGGAUGAAACCAUGUGUACUGCAAUACCUAAGGAAACACCCGGCAACUAAUAAUCCUCCCUAGACUUUAAAAUGCCAUCGCACAGCAGCGAGAUACGCAGCUCAAUAAUCCUGUCUCUCUCGUAGGCUUAUAACUACUUCUGCCCCCUCAGUCCACUGUUGUACAAAUGCCACAUAUUCUCCAUGGAUCCGUACUAUGUACCCCCUGUGAUUGCAUGUGCAGUGCAACUCAGAUAAUGUGUGAAUGGAUUAUGGACAAUCCAACAAGAGACAAUGUUGUACAAAAACCCAAAGUGGCACUUGUAGAUAAUGUACAAUAUGUUCUUUUUUUAAUUUUGUACCAGCCACACAGCUGAUGUUUAUAACUAUUGCCUAUUUAUGUACAAAUUGUUCUCCUGUACAUACUCAACAGUCAGUUGAAAUAAAAAAUGUUUUGCAGUAUAAACA